AUGCCCCUCAGAAUCACAUCCAGCCAUAAAGCCGUCUUCGUGGCAUCAUCCGACGCAGCACCCGACUCCUCCGACCUGUCCGAGCUAUCCGAAGACGACCUUAUCGAACCAGACGACUCUGAAGACGACACCCUCUUCGACCAUAACAGUUACGAGAUCGGCCCCGCAAUAGCAACCAGACAGCUAACUAUACACCACUACAACGUAAAGGAAUGGGAUACUCGAGACGCGUAUCGAGAACUAUACAAACAUUGGAAACAAACAAUCACCAAGUCCUUCGCCGUAGAAGAUACCUUCCACCAUGAACACCACGAAACACACAAGAAUAUCACAGUCAAGGCCCUAAUCCCAACAUGGCCCGGAUAUAUGGGGUUUAUCCGGUACAGCAAAAUAACAGGAACAGUCACGUUUAUUAAUGCUGAUGCCUACCUUCUACAAUACACACACACCAUUGAACCUGAUGACUCUACAACGACCGACAAUAACAAUAACAACAACGACAAUGACUCCCUCUUCCAAUUCCAAAACGACCGACUCAACGCCGUAGCAUACGUCCUACUCCUCUCAGGUUUCAACAUCCAAAUCACCUCCCGAAACCACAUCUGGACAUUCAACCUACCACUCACUCCAGUUUCCUCUCUCCCAAACAGAAACAUUCCACGAAUAUCAUGUACCGUGAACACCCUAUCCCACACUCACACCCACAACCCUAUCCACCCCCUCAACACCCUCACCAUAACCAUCAUCACCUCCCAAACCCUCCAACCACAAACCUUCCGCACCUGGCUCCGCACAUCCCUGCACCUCGCCCACCCAUCCCCAGACAAGAAUACAAUCCCCACCCCCCACGGCACCAUCCUCCUCGCCCCCACCCACUCCGGAACCCUCUACCUCAAGGGAAUCCUCCUGCCCGAGCGCAACUUCCCCCGAGGCCAAUACAAAUACGGAUAUAACUUCCACUACGGGAUACCCACUACGAGCGGACGACGACUAGCGAGCGCGCUACAUGAACUCGAUCUUAUCUGUUGUAUCUGGAAUGCGGCGAUUCGCGAGAAGCCGGUGUAUGCGGUGCCGAGGUUUGUGGAUAUGCUGUUGGAGGGUGGGGAUGGGGGUCGUGGUGAUGAGGCGGUUGAGGCGGUUUGGUGGGCGAUUGUGGUGAGGGGGUAUUAUUGUCAUUGUGAGGAGGAGGAGGAGGUGAGUUCGUUCUGA